AUGGAUCUGCGCUCGACUGUGGCCUCGCCAUACACAACAAUCCCGCCCAUACUAGACGAGCCGAUACCGUUGAGUCCGAGAUGGGUCGCCCCGAUGGCUCUCGCCUUGUGCGUCGUCGCGCUUGUCCUCCCGAUCUUGUCUGCCUUAGCCUUGGCAUCCAAAGGCGGCGCAGUGGCUCUCCUCACGGACCCAGAUGACCCAAGCGGCCUGUCAUCAAGCAGUUCGGACACGGAUCCAGAUGGCGAGAGGAUACGCGAGCUGGAAGACACCUCGCCCGAGGUACAGUAUGCCGAGCUCACAAGCCGCGACGUGGACCACUUUAACCGUUAUCCAUCUUGGCAGAGCUUGCAGGAAUGCGUCUUCUGCUUGGACCCCCUGAAGCCGAAUGAUAUGGGACGUGCUUUAAAUGGCCUCUGA